AUGUCCGAUCGCUCUAAGCUGAGGGAGGCGAGCUGCUCAAGAGUCAGCGCGGGAGCCGAGAGUCUGGAAUUGUUUUCUUCCCUGUUCACGGCUCCCCUGUGCCUGAAGAGCGUGUGCGAGAGCUGCAGAGGCACUGACAGCACUGUCAGAGGCCACUCGGCCCAUCGAGGACGGACCAGGCCGGCUCUCUGUGCACCGGUCCACCUGCCCGAACUUGAUUCCGACCCAGGGGCGUGUGCCUGUAAUGGAAACGUGAGCCGAAAUGGACUGUGGUCAUCCCUGCCCCUCAAGGAAUGCGACAAUCUUUGGUGGGAUGCUUUCGCCACGGAGUUCUUUGAGGACGACGCAGUCUUAACAGUGGUUUGCUGCCUGGAAGAUGGAUCCAAACGAUACACGAUUGGCCGGACCCUAAUCCCUCGGUAUUUCCGCAGCAUCUUUGACGGCGGAGCGACAGACCUUUACUUCACCCUGAAGCACUCCAAGGAAUCGUUGCACAGCAACCUGGUGAUCCUGGACUGUGACCUGUGCAGCAUGGUGACGCUGCACAGUCAGCCCGUCUUCACAAAGGUGUGCACAGAAGGCCGCCUCUACCUGGAGUUCACCUUCGACGACCUGAUGCGGAUCAAACACUGGCACUUCAACAUCAAGCAGAGCCGCGAGCUGCUCUCUCGUGACAACCUGCCGACGCACGACCCUCCAAUGUUGGAGCAGUUAUCGAACAGUAUCACCCGGUCUGGUCUCUCCAACUUCACCCUGAACUACCUCAGACUCUGCGUCAUUCUGGAACCCAUGCAGGAGCUGAUGGUGAGACACAAGAGCUACAAGCUGAGCCCUCGGGACUGCCUGAAGACUUGCCUGUUCCAGAAGUGGCAGCAGAUGGUGGCACCUCCCGGUGAGAGGCUGGGAAUUCUGGGAUAGACAGGCAGACAAGCC